AUGGCUGUCCAUUCCUUUACCCCCCGAAAUCGGGCUUGUUAUAGAUUUCUUGUGUGUUGCGUGUAUUUCCACUAUGCUUUUGCCCUUACUAGCUCGGUCUAUCAGUUGGAUUCGGAGUAUUCGGGGACCAAUUUCUUUCAAGGAUGGGAUUUCUACACGGGUGGCGACCCAACGGGAGGAUUUGUAACAUAUUACAGCCAGGGCUCUGCUCAACUCAUGGGCAUGAUCAACGCCAGCGACAGCUCGCCGAUUUACAUUGGCUCUGACUACAACACGGUGAUCGGAUCCACGCAGGCCGCAGGCAGACCCAGCGUCCGAAUUUCCACCCAGAGAUCAUGGACCCAUGGAUUGUUUAUCGGGGAUUUCAACCACGCCCCAGGAGGAGUUUGUGGGAGUUGGCCAGCAUUCUGGACACUCGGGCCCAACUGGCCUUACAAUGGCGAAAUCGAUAUCAUGGAGGGAGCAAACCUGGUCAAUUACAACGCUGCGACGUUACAUACAAACCCGAACUGCACGAUUGCUGGGGACAGCAGAACCAUGACGGGUCAACUGUCGAACAACAAUUGCGCAUACUACCCUGGCUACAACGUCGGCUGCGGGAUACGCGACACUCGAUCGUCCAGCUACGGGACAGGCUUCAACGCAAUUGGAGGCGGUGUCUAUGCGAUGCAAUGGACAUCUGACUACAUCAGCGUCUGGUUUUUCCCGAGGGGCUCAAUCCCCAGCGACAUCACCAACAAUACUCCCAAUCCUUCGUCUUGGGGGCUGCCGGCCGCCAAUAUGCAAGGCUCUUGUGUCUUCGACCAGCAUUUCCAAGCCCACAAGAUCAUCUUGAACAAUGCAUUCUGCGGAGAAUAUGCGGGAGCAACGAGUGUGUGGAACUCGACGACCAACUCGUGCGCCACAAACACCGGGUAUUCCACUUGCAAUGCAUAUGUGGCGGCUCAGCCUGCCGCUUUCCAACAGUCCUAUUGGAGCAUCAAUUCGAUCCGGGUGUAUCAACUGGUGGACCCUAAUGCCAAUGCAAGCGCCACUGGCACUGGAUAUAUUGCAAGCAAUCAGCCCACUCCAUCAAGCACAUCAACGACCUCAUCCUCGACUCCAGUACCUACCACGAGUCUGUGCCCGACGUACAACUUCACCGUCGUUCAAUCUGGCGUUUUCAAGUACGAAGUUGAGUGUGGAGUCAACAUCGGCGGGUCUGAUAUUGGAAGACCGUAUCCCAGCUAUCCGGUCAACUCGUUUGAAGACUGUGUGGCUGGAUGUAGCUACUGGAAUACCUUCAACAGCACCAACAUCUGCGGCGGCGUGACAUACCAGGUCAGCACCAAAGCAUGCUACUGGAAACGAAACGUCGGGAGCACUCCUGCGGAUCCCAACUUCAACAGCGCCCGGCUCAUCUACUAUGCCUAUCCACAGGUGACCGACGAUCCUCGAAAACAGACAUCCACCAGCAGCAGCACGUCGUAUGUUGCGACCUCGGUCACGCCUCAGUACUACGUCGCUCCGGGAGCCACUACGUCGACAUCGUUCUCCCUGAUCUCGGAGACGCCGACGUCGAGCUUCACGGACGGUGUUCCCCUGGGUGGCACGACGACCGACGACGGUUCUUCCACUACGUCUGCUGUUUCGACGACGGUGGCAACUACAGGAGGCAGCUCUCUCAGCACGGCGACGGCGACGGCGACGACCGGCGUAUCUUCGUCGGCUACUUCUUCAAGCUCUAGGUCCUCGACCGGGUCUCCCGGGAGUACAACCUCAGCCUCGUCGACUGUUUCAUCGACCUCGAGCCUGUCGACCGCGCCGACCACGAAUCCGCCCCUUUCCUCUUCGUCUUCUGCGGCAGCAUCAUCAUCAUCGACAAGAACGACCGCAGCGACCUCAACCAGCGGGCAGCUGUCCCUUCCGAGCUCAACCCUGUCAGACUCAUCGUCCGUAUCGCCGAGUCAAUCCACGAUCGUCAGCACUUCAACUCCAAUUGCAACCUCAGCCUUGUUCUCGUCGUCGACGGUUAUCCAUUCAUCCUCUGCUGCGACCUCAUCUCCAGCGUCCAGCGCACCUACUGUCACGACGCAGGCUCAGUCGCGGACUCCCUCUUCGACGACCACCACGACCGUGUUCAACCCCAGUCCAGCAUCUACGAACGCCAGUCCUGUUAGCACGAGCACGAGCACGAGCACGAGCAGCCCAACUGUCUCUUCCUCUGUGCAAACCUCGCCUCCUCCGCCUCCAUCGUCUGUUUCUUCAUCAAUCUCGCCGCCCCCACCGUCAACGGCCUCUUCGGGGCCUCCCACAUCAUCACCAAUGACCAGCCCGUCGACGACAACCAGCAGCUUCGUCGUGUCGGAACCCACAUCAUCUUCCCCGCCAUCCUCGCCUCCCUCGACGUCCAACUCUCCCUCUACGGUCUUCUCUUCCACACCGACUUCCCAGACCGUGAUCACCAGCAGCACUUCUUCCUCCCUCAGCUUCCUACCCUUUUCCACCACUGCUCCAGUCUCGACGCCAGGGUCAACGACCACCACUCCGAACACUCUGCCUGGCCCAACCCAGGUGUCCUCCUUUACAUUUGCAGGCUGCCUGGGACCGCGGCCGGACACUGCGUUUGCCAAUAGCUUCACCCUGGUGGAAGACUCUCCGCUCAUGUCCAUUGAGAGAUGUGUCGCGGACUGCUCUUUGGACAUAUACGCUGGCCUCUAUGAUACACAAUGCUACUGUUCCUCAUACGCGCUCCCUCUCGACACCUCGUCUUCCGACGACUUUGUCCAAUAUCCUGAUUCGGCGUGCAAUACCACGUGUCCCGGCAACCCUGCGCAGAGGUGCGGUGGCAUUGCUCUUCUUCCUCCUCCUCCUCCUCCCCCCCGGCGCGCUAGGAGACAACUCGCCGAUGCGAACGGCGACAUUAUCCUCCUGACGAUGUACAACAACACGGGCGUUGACGCGGGCACCUCGUCUUCGACUUCUUUGUCGGUGGGGACGACAUCAGCAGCGACAACGGUGGUCUCGUCGGUGACAGCCUCUAGCAGCGAAAGCACGAGCACGAGUGUGAGCGUGAGCGUGAGCGCGAACAUUUCCGCAACAACGCCACCGUCCUCGACAACAGCCACCACAACCUCGCCCCUCUCGUUCUCAGUCUCUGAUUCGGGGAUUCUCAUCUCAACGACCCCGUCCUCCUCGCAGACUCCAACACCAACACUGUCCCCGACCACAAUCUCCACGACCUACACCACCAUCUGCGCCGCCCACCCGAUCUCCUGCCCCACGCGCACGGAGACGUGUCUCGCGACCACCAUCACGGUCCUGCACUGCGGGUGCACGGACGUGCCGCCGCCCGCGGUGCCCAUGACCACGACGGUGGUUGCCGCGUGCGCCACGCCGGUACCCACCUCUCCCGCAAUGAUGGGAGGAGAGGAAGAUACCGAGAGCGGCGGCGGCACAGAGGAGGGAAUGACGACCCUCACCGUGCCGUGUGCGCAGUCCAUCUCGGCCCUCGAGGCCGCUGUCUCUGCGUGGUCUUCUUCCGCAUACGCAUACGCGUAUGCAGAGGCAACGGCGACGGCCACAGCGACGGCCAACGGUAACGCGCACGGCUACAUCCCGUACAGCUUCCCCAUCUCGUUCCCCAUGGCCACUACAACAACUCCGGCCGCCGACACGGUGACCAAAAGCCUCGUCCUCGCGACCGCCAAGUUCAACUUCUCGGUCCCCCUGCGCAACGCGACGAGCUCCCCCAGCUCCAGCUCCACCAAUACUAGCGGUUUUACAGGCAUUUCGAACGGGAUCACAGGUGGUGGUGACGUUAAGAACGUCACUGUUUUGCCCGUCCCCGUCCCCGUCCCGGUUUCUGGGCCUGCGAUGGCGUCGAUGUCGACGUCGACGGCGCCGGCACCGGUGGGAGGUGCGGCGGCGAUGGGCGCGGGAGUAAGGUCGGCUGUAUCUUCGUUGUCGGGAUUGAUGGUGGGUUGUAUCACGGGGGUGGCUCUUUGGAGUUGGGCAUUGGGCUAAGGAAUGGGUUAAGGAAUGGAUGGGCGGCGGUGUCGGUGUCGGUAUGGGUGUUGGUUGUCAUGCACAUCGCCGUCGUUGUUCUUGCAAUGCGCUACGUCUGUGGCUGGUUUGAGCUGAGCUGAGUUGAGUUGAGUUGAGCUGAAUCAAGCUGAUGGGCGGUAGGUGUUGGUUAGUUGCGGGUGAUGUUCUGACUCUUACGCAAUCUUGA